GCCGACCGACAUCGAGAAACCGGCCCCUUCCCCCCACCUUUUCUCCUCGCUUCCUCGUUCUUGAUUUGGUUGCCUUCUAGGGUUUCUCGGAGGGAGGAAGGGGGGAAGGGUCGUUCGAUGGCGAAGAAGAGGAAGCCGGAGGCGGUGACGAGGCGGCUGGACGAGGUGGACCGCACCAUCUACUCGACCUUCCGUGGCGGCGCCAACUCGCUGUCGCAGAUCUACACCCAGGCCUUGGCGCAGAAGAAGGUCGCCUUCCAGGCCGGGGAGCGCUACGCCCUGGAAAAACUUUACCAACUGAUUGUGAGAUACAGUGAUGCAGGGUCAACAGUGACUGUAGCUGAUAUAGUUGCUUAUUUGCAGAAUGAGACUGAUGGUGAGGACACAUUAACCCCAAAUUCUGAAUUGGUGCAUCAACAUUUUCAAUCUGCAAUACAGUCUACAAAUGGGAACGUUGACAACUCUGCCAGUAUGAACGGAUCUGCAGAAGGUGAUCGUAUCCACCAGAUUGGUCACUGUGAUCAAACGAAGAACUCAAGCUUCGCAACUGCUGCUUUAUCUAGCCUGGUUGACAGCAGCAGCGGUUUGCCUUGUUACCUAUUGCAAGGUCCGAGUUCAGAUGGUUGUCUGGCACAGGAAAAUGAAACAAGGUACCACGAGUCAAACCCUCUUAACCAAAAUGGAGAAAUGGGUCCUUUUGAUCUCAGUUCAUCAUCAAUGGAUAUGCAUUCUGAUAGUCCCACACGAUAGACUUUCUGAUAUACCAUUAUAUUUUUAAAUCUCCAGUUAGCUUAUUAUCAUUUACUGACAA